GCCAAUCUCAAACUGAACACAGUGAGAUCUAUUCUCUUCUUCAUCAGAUCUAAGGAAUAUGGAAAACGUUCCAUUUGCUGUUGCGUCUAAUCUCAUUCACAGGUUGGCUUCCUCAGAUUUUCUUGAAUUUGGAAAGCAUUAUGAUGUGACGGAAGAGUUGGAAGAGCUUAAGAACACUAUUGAAUCCAUCAAUGCUAAGCUCCUUGAUGCCGACGAUAAACAAGAUCAAGAUGAUGGUGUGCGAGUUUGGAUCAGAAGGUUCAAAAAAGUACUCCACACUGCAGAUGACUCCUUAGAUGACCUUGCUAUCCAAUUCAGGAGAGACAAACUGGAUGCAGCAGAAGGAAAAGAAGUAGACAAGGUACUUCUUUUCAUUUCAUCUUCAAAUCAACUUCCUUUAUACACUGAAAUGCCUGACAAAAUUAAAGAAAUACGAGAAAGUUUUAAUGGUGUAGUAGAAGACAUGGAUAAAUUGAAUUUAAGCCCAGGUUCUCUGGUUAAGCAAACUAACAGUGAAUGGAGGGAAACAUGUUCUUUUGUGCUAGAAUCUGAUAUCAUUGGAAGAGAUGAUAGUAAAAAGGAGAUUAUUAGUCUGUUGAGACAAACUCAUGAAAACAGAAAAGUUUCUGUGAUUGCUAUUUUUGGCCUCGGUGGCUUGGGGAAGACAACGCUUGCUCAGUUGGUGUAUAAUGACUUGGAAGUGCAGAAUUGUUUUGAAAAGAAAAUGUGGGUGUGUGUCUCUGAUAACUUUGAUGUGAAAACUAUUCUGAAGAAAAUAUUGGAAUCAGUUACUCGUCGCCCGACAGCAGAUGGGUUGUCAUUAGACUACUUGCAAGAAGAACUUCGUGAAAAUUUAAGUGGUAAGAAAUAUUUGUUGGUCCUGGAUGACAUUUGGAAUGAGAGACGUGACAAAUGGAUUGAAUUGAGAAAGUAUUUGAUGUGUGGCGCUCAAGAUAGUAAAAUUUUAGUGACAACUCGAAGUGAAAAUGUAGCAGAGGCAAUGACUGCCAGCACUUCCUAUCCUUUGAAAGGUUUGACUGAUGAAGCAUCUUGGAGUUUGUUGAAGAGCGUUGCAUUUGAGGAUGAUUUGAAAGGAGUGAAUCAAAAUCUAGAAUCAAUGGGGAAAGAAAUAGCCAAAAAAUGUAAAGGGGUUCCACUGGCAGUUAAAACCCUGGGAGGCCUGUUAGGAGGACAAAACGAAGAAAGUGUAUGGGAGAAUGUUUUAAGCGGUGACUUCUGGAAAUCAUGUGAAGAGCAAGAUAGUAUCAUGCCAAUUCUAAAACUCAGUUACCGCAACUUGUCGCCAGAAAUGAGACAAUGUUUUGCUUAUUGCUCUUUGUACCCCAAGGAUUCUAGAAUUCAAAAGGAUGAGUUGAUUCAGUUAUGGAUGGCACAGGGUUACCUUCAAUGUUCAACUGAAAAACAGCAGAUGGAGGAUGUCGGUAAUCAAUUUGUAAAGAUAUUUUGGAUGAACUCAUUUUUUCAAGAUGCGGAUGGUGAAUUCGGUGAGAUCAUUAGUUUCAAAAUGCAUGAUUUAAUGCAUGAUCUUGCAAUGCUAGUAGCUGGCAGUGAUUAUUGUUACUUGGAUAGUAAGGCAGAAAAAGUUGAAGGUAGACCCAUGCACGUAUCAUUGGAAUCUGAAGAGGCCAUUCAUUUGUUGCAAUCAUUAGAUCCGACCAGGCUGCGAACUUUGAUUUUUCCAUAUUACUUGAGAGAGGAGGUAGAUUUGUCGGUGAUUGCAAAGUUCAAAUACUUACGUGUCUUGAGGAUGGAUUCUCUCUCUGAUUCCACUGAACAUUUGAAGCAUUUAAGAUACCUUGCUUUAAUAAGUCUUCCCAAAUCUCUGAGCAAUCUUGUUUUCCUACAAACAUUAAAAUUGUUGAUGUGCGACGAAGAAUCAUUUUCAGAAGUAGUCACAAAAUUGGUCAAUUUGAGGUGCCUUGCUAUUGCUAACCCCAUGAGUGGGAUGGCAGUUGGAUUGAGAAAAUUAUGCUCUUUGCAAUUAUUAUCGACCUUGGUUGUGGGAGACAGCCAAGAAAUAAAAUAUGGCACACUAAAUGAACUGAAGGACUUAAACCUAAUAAGAGGCAAAUUAGAAAUUGUGCAUCUGAAUCGUGUGAGAGACGUGGCUCUGGAAUCCCAGCACGUAAAUUUAAAAGGAAAAAAAUUCCUUGAAUUCUUGAUUCUGGAUUGGUCGCGUGAAGACCUUCGUAACACUGACAGCUUGCAAUUAUUGGAAAACCUUCAGCCACACCGCAAUCUCAAGCGAUUGGAGGUGAAUAAUUAUCCAGGCGUGCUUUUCCCAAAUUGGCUCUCUCUCCUCACAAAUGUUAUUCACAUCACUCUCUGGGGGUUUGAUAAUUGUCGGUGUCUCCCACCGUUGGAACGUAUCCCGUCCCUGAAGUCACUUAAGAUAGACUGUCUUUAUGAAUUGGAAUGCAUAUAUCUCUGCGAAGAUGGUUUUGCAUUAACCUUCUUCCCCUCUUUGGAGAGCCUUACAAUAACACGUUGUCCCAAGUUCAGGGGAUGGCGGAGGCGGGGAGAUGAUAUCAAUGAUUCACAUUAUCUCUCCUUACCUCUUUCAUUUCCUCAUCUUUCUCAACUACACAUCUCUAGCUGUCCACAGUUGACUUGCAUGCCUACUUUUCCAAAAGUUGAGAAUUUGAACUUGUAUCACUGCAGUGCAGAGCCAUUAACAGCAACACUAAACUCAACAUGUUCACCCGAUUCAUCUUCCUCCGCUGCUCCUCUCUCCAUGCUCAAACAAUUGAUGAUUUCUGAUCGUAUGAAUUUACCAAAGGGUUGGAUGCAAAAUCUGACUUCUCUCGAGUCUCUUCUAAUUCAAUGGUGUGAAAGUGAAACACUUGAGGAAUUUGAAACUGGGUUUAAGGACGACACCAACUGCCUUCCUUCUCUGCGAAAAAUCAGCAUACAUGGGUGUAAUAGGCUAAAGGCCUUGCCAGAUUGGAUUUGCAACCUCUCAUCGCUUCAGCAUAUCGAGAUCUACUUUUGCCGAAAUUUGGCAUCGCUGCCCGAAGGAAUGAGUGGUCUUACCAACUUAAAGAUCUUUGAGGUCUAUGGUAGUCUCCUCUUAGUUAAAGAAUGCCGAAUAGAGACAAGUGCUGUUAGUCGCCAAAUCGCGCAUAUCCCACAAAUAAUCCUUCAUGAUUAGGGAUGAUAAAGAUCAUAGAUCAUGGAUAACGAUAAUGGUGGCAACAAGGUUCGUCGGAUCGCUUUGUCAAAUGGGUUCUUCCUCUUCCGAAUGUCCCUGCUUCUUCUUGGACAAGACAAAUAAGAGAAAAAGGAACACUUAUUGUGGAACAAAAAUAAUUAAAACACUUAAUUUUCAUGUUAUCAUAAACUAACCAUUCCAGAAUCACAUCAAUGGGUAAUGCAUGAUGGUGAAAUUCAAUUCAACUUCUAAUGUAAAUGCACAUCGAUAUUGUUGUAUGAUAUGCAUUUCUACACAUAUGUGAAUGGAAAAGACAAGAAUAUUC